UGCGGCCCGGCCCACUGGGGCUACGCGCUGGGCUGCCGGGGCCGCGGCCCGGACGAGUACGAGAAGCGCUACAGCAGCGCCUUCCCUCCGCAGCUGAGAGCCCGGAUGCGCGACCUGGCGCGCGGCAUGUUCGUCUUCGGCUACGACAACUACAUGGCGCACGCCUUCCCCCAGGACGAGCUGAACCCCAUCUACUGCCGAGGCCGGGGGCCCGACCGUGGGGACCCUUCAAAUCUGAACAUCAAUGAUGUCCUAGGGAACUACUCUUUGACUCUUGUUGACGCGUUGGAUACACUUGCAAUAAUGGGAAAUUCAUCCGAGUUCCAGAAAGCAGUCAAGUUGGUGAUCAACACGGUUUCAUUUGACAAAGAUUCCACUGUCCAAGUCUUUGAGGCCACAAUAAGGGUUCUGGGCAGCUUGCUUUCUGCCCACAGAAUCAUAACUGACUCCAGACAGCCCUUUGGCAACAUGACCAUUCAGGACUAUGAUAAUGAAUUGCUGCAUAUGGCUCAUGAUCUGGCCGUGCGACUUCUCCCUGCCUUCGAAAACACCAAGACGGGCAUUCCUUAUCCUCGGGUGAAUUUAAAGACAGGCGUUCCUCCUGACAGCAAUAAUGAGACGUGCACAGCAGGAGCUGGUUCCCUCCUGGUGGAGUUUGGGAUUCUGAGCCGACUGCUGGGGGACUCCACGUUUGAGUGGGUGGCCAGACGAGCCGUGAAAGCCCUGUGGAACCUCCGGAGCAAUGGCACAGGGCUACUAGGUAAUGUUGUGAACAUACAGACGGGCCACUGGGUUGGAAAGCAGAGUGGCUUAGGUGCUGGCCUGGACUCCUUCUAUGAAUACCUCUUGAAAUCUUAUAUUCUCUUUGGAGAAAAAGAAGACCUGGAAAUGUUUAAUGCUGCAUAUCAGAGUAUUCAAAACUACUUAAGAAGAGGUCGGGAGGCCUGUAAUGAAGGAGAAGGGGAUCCCCCACUCUACGUCAAUGUGAACAUGUUCAGUGGGCAUCUGAUGAACACCUGGAUUGACUCUCUGCAGGCCUUCUUCCCUGGACUGCAGGUACUUGGGGGGUGUAGCUUCUCGGAUGUGACUCAGGGUGGGUCCCGCCUCAUUUUCCACAUUUACCCGUUACUCAUCACGGCAACCAAGAAUCCCUUCUACCUCCAUGUAGGAAUGGACAUCCUGCAGAGUCUGGAAAAGCACACAAAAGCCAAGUCAUGCAACCGUGUUCCCGAUGAGAGGAGGUACUCCCUUCCCUUAAAGAGCAUCUACAUGCGGCAAAUUGACCAGAUGGUUGGCUUGAUUUGAUCUGCUGUCCUGCUUUAAGCCAGAGAUAAACGACUGAGCCCGAACUGUGCUGAAUUCCAGUUUGAAGUGGAAGGAACAGGACAGACGCCUGGCCAUCCAUGAUGGUGUAGGGAUCUCUGUCCAACUGCUGUUCUUGCUAACUCUAGUGUUUCUCUUCUGUUCAAUAAAAUGCCCCUGUUUUUCUGAAGGGUAUCAUUGGCAAUGAGAAAGCAUAUGCAGAUUGGCUUUUAUGAAAUGCUAGUGAUCUUAAAUAUCAUGAUGGGGCAUCUUUGGAUUGUUUUUCACAGCUUCCUACUUUACAAUCCGAGUCUCUUCCUUUGCCAGCACUCCCCACAUCUGUGACAUUGCUACCUCUCUGUCAGGGGACUGUGAAUGGGCAUUUUCUGGAAAAGGACCGAGGUUUCCUUGCCAUCCCUUUCUAUUGCUGAAGAUGUCAUCCUGUCUUUCAUUGGAUAACUGGGCUCUCCCUCAGAUAGCCAGCCAAUUUUUAUUGCCUGGGGGAAACCACCCAGUGGUCCAUUUGCACCCCUUGUAACUUCAGUGUUACAGAUUGUUUGCUUAGGAGUGAUGGAGAUGCUUGACCAGCAUUCUCACAGGCACUCUCCUAAGUUAUCACAUCCUGUGUUAAGGAAGUCAACUGGCAGAUCAUCUGGACAGUAUUUUGCUUUUCUUUUGAACAUGAACUUACCUGGGGAGUUUACAUAGUCCCAGAACCAGGUGCCUUUUGGGGAGAGAACAAUACCUAAGAUAGUCUGAGCCUCCAUCUUGCUUAUAUUUGCUAAGCAAGGACUCACGGUUCUGAUCAUGUUUGAGUUAGACAUUUGUUUUGGCUUGUUUCAGACAUCUAGUGCCAAAGAGUAGGCUAAGUCAGGGAGAGAGGAAAUGGUCCCAGACCUCCUGGCGCCCUUGAGGUGUGCUCACUCUGACUCAGGCUUUAGGUCAGUGCCUUCCUCUGGUUUAGGUGUGGGUCCCAGGGUGCCAAAGUGAUUGCUGUGGUUUCUGUCACCACAGUGGGACCACAGUAAAGAUGGGUGGGACAGCGAGUUUGUCAGGAAGGUGCUUGCAAGGGCUCGGCCAUUCUUCACUUUAACUGAUAUUUUAAGACUGGGUAUGCUAAAAUGCCUUCUUUCUUUUCCACUACUUCUUUAGCCAGAACAGAAGUCUCUCUGAAUUUGCGCCGAGUGCCCAUGCAGUGCAGAACAGCGCCCGAGCCCUAGUCUGGCUUCCGUGGAGCGUCAGAAGUGGAAAUGCAUUCCCUAAGAACACGCCAGCUGCACAUGCCGUGUGUUUCACCUGCCCCUCUCUGCCCACUGCACAGGGUGCGUGUCAGUCAGAGAGCGAGUAAUAAGCGCUGUCUUUAGCCCUUGCGUUUUCAGUCAGAAGGGAGACAUUUGUAUUCCUCCCUGGAAAUUUAAGGGUUACUCUUUUUAAAAGUAGAUGUAUAAUUCAGUUCUUUUGAGAUUUUUAGCAAGGGGGUUUUCAAUAACGUUUUACCCCUUAACUUUACUAUGCAAAUUAUUUUAAAGUAAAAAAAUAAAAUGCUUUUGCUUUCCCAUUUUCUGUUCAUUUCAAAAGUGAACUUCUGUUUCUCAACAGAAUCUUAUCUACUGAAUAGACAUUUUCUGCUGUAUAUAUAUAUUUUAAAUGGUUUUCAUGUCAAACCAGAAUGUCCAUGGUAUCUUUUUCUCUGACCUAAGUAAAACAGGGCGAUUGGUGGUGUGUCCAGGAGGGAGUGUGUCCAUUGUCUCUCCGAGGCCUUUUGGCUGACCUGGCUUGCAGCUUCUGCAGCAGCUGUGAUCAGUUAGGGCUCCAGGGCCCCUUCUCCUGUGGGCUCAGGCUUCGCUUGUAUUAACUCCAAACGCUCUUGUCUUCCUGAAGCCACCCCUGUCCAGAACAUGUGAAUGAGGGGCAUGUCCAGCUCCUCAGUUCCCACUCCAACGUUGGAUGUUGCCUAGUCCGUGGUUCAUGGGGUGAGACACUGUCUCAGACCAGUCCUGAAAAGUAGCCAUGCUCAAAGUGUACCUGUUUUUAUUGUUGUUUUUAGCCGGAAUGCCAACAACUGUGAUAUCACAUGCAAGGCUUUUUCUUUCGUGUGUUCUGAAGUAUGGGAGGGGAAGGCUGAGGCGGGGCCUUUCAGGGACAUCACAUGCUUGGUCGGUUGCCCAAAACAUGAAUGGACCUCAUUUUCUGGAAUAGCUGUGAACUUGACCCAUCUUUGUAUUUCCAUGUGUAGUAUCCACUUUGUCAACACAGUGAAAGUGGUUUUGCAAACCUGCUGUAGAAAACUUCCUCCUAAUUUGGCUUCCAGUCUUAAUUCUUGUAAUGCCAAGAUCUAAGUCUUUACAACACACACUUGGCCACUUGAUGCAGUGGGAGUGCAGGUGUCAAAGAUAGUGAUUGCUAGUGCUCUGGUUUGCUGUGGUGGCCUUUAUGGGAAACUGCUUCUGGAAAACCAGUUUGCUACAGUUCGUGGCCAAAACUUGCUUUGCACACCAGAACCCCCAGGUGCUGAGGAUGCCCUGGGCAUUGUCCUGGAUCAGGGAAUGUGCACACGUCACUUGAAUAGUUUUCUAUGUAUUUAACAACAUCCACCAGGGUAGUGGUAAUGUCUUCACAGGUGCAUGUCAGAGGGGAGAGUAUAGUUACCAGGCUUGGCAGGUGCAGCCAAGCACUCUGGACGAAGGCCUUCUACCCACUUCCCCCGCCUCCAAGAACAAGAUCCAUCUUAGCUGUUCUCUUGGGCUCAGUUUACCAAAUGAUUGCAAAUUGAAAUUCUUUACAUUGUUCCCUGCCUAGUAUGAUAACAUGGAUUGUUCAGUUGCACCGCUCCUCCACUUUUUGCUCAACUUCUUUGCAUCAUCUUGAUGGGCAGAAUCUUCUCUCAGGAGGAACAAUCGUUGAUGUCAUCAGGUUGAGUAGCCCUAGUGUUUGCAGGUGCCUGCCUGUUAGAGGGAUUCCUUGAGCAGACCUGAAAUGGAUGCAUGAGAGAUCUGCCUGGACCUAGUCUACCUUAUCAUCAAUGCUUCGGCUCCUGGAGCUGACUCAAUGAGUGUUGAACACAGCGGGCAUGGCUCUAACAUAGCGGGUGCGUUUCCGCAUUCCUUAUGACUCGGGGAGCGCUUCCUGCUGUCUUAAUCGCACAGAAACUCUGUCAAUGACUUGUGUGAGAGGUGCUCUGGUUCCUAGGCCUUUUCCAUGAUCUUUGUGGUUCCGGUUUUGGAUUGGACUCUGCGGAGCAGAGAUGUAGUCUUCAUUGAUGCUCACUGCAGCAGGUCCUUAGUUCAUGCCGGAGGCUCUGUGUGGCUCUCCUCCAGCUCUUUGGGAAACUCAUGGGAACUCUGGUUGCUGAGAGUCGUGUAUCAUUGGGGUUUGAGUGGUCCUGGGGGUUUUGGUAUUCAUGAAGCUGUGGGCUUGCUUAUGGAAGGAGUGCUUCUACAUUGAGUCAAUAGGCUUGACAUCAGAUGUUUCUGUUCUCUUGUUGGAGGGCUCUGGAAGUCUCAGGAUAUUUUUCAGAUUUCAUGAUGGUUUGAAGGUAGAGCUGGAUGGUGCCAUAGCCUCAGGGUGAAGCAGAGACUUCACAACAAAAAGAAUCUUGCUGUUUCCUUUUCCAGUCUCAGACAUCCAGUUUCCACAACGUGCCUCUUCCCUGCAGGGUGGAACCCCUGGGAAACAUUAAGUGGGGGAGGUGAGUGAUGGCUGGCUGUAUGUCCCCAGAUCUUGCAGACUCAGGGUGUCGCUCCCCUUUAAAUGUGGCUGUGAGUCUAGUGAAGGUGUGAAGUACCUGUGGAACUAACUUCUGGCUUGUCACCCCUGCCCUCUCUCGGAGGACUGUGGGGGGAGUAGCUUUUUAAAAAGGCUAUGUUGGUUUGGUUUGAAACACUAAACUACAAGCUGACCUAUUUAUUAUGUACAAGAAAGGUAAGUCUGUUUUAUGAAGACAGACUAGAACUGGACACUCUGGGAUGUGAUGUUUCAGUGAUGUGCAAUAUGCUUUGCAGCUACAGAUGAUAUUUUAUGUUUAAUCUGUAAAUAAGAAAUGUAUUUAAAUUAAAGGGGAGCCUUUUUUUGGGUAAAAGGACCAAAUGUUCUUUUAUAAAUGUAUUAAGGAGGACUACCUUGCUCUUUGAAAUUUAUUAGGGUUUUUAUGAGUAAUUUGUAUUAAAAGAUUCUUUUUUCCAA